AUGCACUUCUCAAAGAUCCUCCCCGUCACUCUAUUCGCUGCCUUGGCAGUUGCCGCCCCUGCCCCUGCGCCUCAGAUCUCUGUCGACCCCGAGCAAAUCAAACAGUUCUCUCAAAGUAUUCAAUCAUUCGCCUCCAACACGGACAGUGGCUUGAACGAUCUGAACGGCCAGCGCGAGGCACUCGGUAGCUCCUGGAACGGCCAGGUAGCUCAAGCACUGGAGCAGGCUUUCAGCCAGUUCGAGCAGGCUGUAAACGAGAUCACCGAGACUGCAUCCAAGAUUUCCUCUGCCCUUGAUGGUUCGGUGCAAUCUUUCGACGAGGCGGAGGAAUCCAAUGCGGGUAGAUUUGACUAG